AUGGGUAACAGAAUACACGGGUUCUUAGCAGGUGUUUUAUUAACAACAUCAAUUGCUUAUUAUACAUCACAAGAAUUUAAAAAAUCACAGCAAUAUGUCUCUAAGGCAUUAAGAGAUACUGAAGCUAUUAUACAGAAUCACGGGAAAGAACCAUUACCUAUUCCAAGAAGUGUUGAAUAUCAAUAUAGACCAAGUAUAAAGCAAACCAUUGCAGAUUUAUGGAAUGAACAAAUAUUAUCAAGUGUUAGAUCAAUUUAUUCAAUUAAUGUUGAUAAGAUUGGUUCUGAUUUAGUUUCAAGAGUGGAAAAAGGGAUUGAUUCAAAAUAG